AUGUAUUCUCCCAAAGUUGGCGACUCAAUCGACAGUCUGGACACCCCGUCCAUGAUUGCAGACCUGGAUCUUGUCGAAGCCAACAUUGAGAAGCUCAUGAGCAAGCUCCUCCCGAGUGGACUUGAUAUUCGUCCCCACCUGAAGACGACAAAGAGUGCAAUCCUGGCACACAGGCUGGUCAAGGCGGGUGCAAGGGGAGGCUGCGUGGCGAAAGUGAGCGAGGCAGAAGCAAUCGCAGACGCCGGCUUUGACGACUUGUUUAUCACCUGCGAGGUCGUUGGCCCAGCGAAAGUCAAAAGGCUAGUGGAUUUAUAUCGCAAGCAUCGGAAUAUCAGGAUUGUCGUUGACAGCGAGGUUGGAGCGACGGCCAUCAACUCGGCUUUGGCCAGCUCAGGAAUUCCCGAGCCCAUCUCCGUUCUCAUUGACCUUGAUGUCGGCCUUCACCGCACCGGUGUCCUUCCCGGAGAGCCGGUCUUGACCCUGGCACAGCAUGUUGGUGGUCUCAAGCAUUUGAAACUCAUUGGUCUUCACGGCUAUGAGGGCCAUCUUCAGCAUUUGCAUGAUUACGAGGAUCGAAAGAGCCAAUGUCUCGAGUCGAUGAAAACACUCACAAAUACCGCCGACGUGUUGCGAAAGGAAGGUUUUAAUAUUGAGGUGGUUACCACUGGAGGUACUGGAACUGCAGAAUUCUGCGCCACAGUCCCUGGCGUGACUGAGCUCCAGCCUGGAUCUUUCAUCUUCAUGGAUACGGACUAUCGGAAUGCUGUUGGCACUUUCUACUCCAACAGUCUGACCAUCCUUUCAACGGUUCUCAGCAAGCAGGGGCCCUGUUCGGUGACCAUUGAUAGUGGCCUGAAGUCUCUGACGACCGACAGUGGCUUGGCAGAGUGCAAGGAUUCACGAUACUCUUAUGGCGUCCUUGGAGAUGAGCACGGGUCACUCAGUUGGGAAGAAGGGACCCCGGCACUCUCGGUCGGAGAUCGUAUUGAGAUGGUGCCCAGUCACAUUGACCCGACCGUCAAUCUGCAUGAUGUUUAUUACGCUCACCGUCGGGGUGUCAUCGAGGAAAUUUGGCCGGUGGACUCUAGGGGUAAGGUCCAAUAA